CUCCCCCUUUACAGGCGGGGCUAGUGAAAAUGAGCUCUGUUUGAGCUUUGAGCAGUCUCACGGAGAGGAAAAGACAUAUUUUGAUUUAGCUUAUCUCGUUCAUUUAUUUAGUUUUAGGUUCCUUAUUUAAAUUUAAAUGGUAAUCAAUUCAAUAUUUGUUCUUUCACAGAUGAGUAGUGAUUAUAGUUAAUAUUAGAUUCACAACUAUAAGCAGUGUCACGAAUAAAGAAUAGCUAUUCGAUUCACCGAAAAUGUCGAAAUUUGAUCAAAGCUGGUCUUCGUAUGCCAAAGUUUACGAUCCUAUCCAGGUAGGUAGUAUUGAUGGAACUCAUACCGAUCCACAUGAUAAUGGAAUUGUAAGAGCUUGCAAUGCUUCUUACCAUCCCAAUCGCCUUCUUAAAAACAAUCCUGAACGAACACUCUUUAUUGGUAGGCUAGACAAAGAUGUGAUGGAAAAGGAUUUGGAAAAUCUAUUUUCCAAGUAUGGCACACUUGAGAAUGUAACUGUUGUAAGGGAUAUUGUUACUGGAUUCUCAAAGAGAUAUGCAUUUGUGGAAUUCAGGAGUAGACGUGAUUGCCACCUGGCUAGAAGUAAAGAACAAAAAACUAUUUUAAAAGGAAAAGAAAUACUGGUUGAAUUUGAAUUUCAAAACACACUCCCUGGAUGGAUUCCUCGAAGGCUUGGUGGAGGCUUUGGUGGUAGAAAAGAGUCAGGUCAGUUACGAUUUGGUUGUGUUGACAGGCCAUGGAAAAGGCCGAUCCAAGUUGUAUCACAUUCCAGUAGAAUGCCCAAGUCCAACACCCAGCAGCGUAAUGCUGAACUCGAGAGAGAUCCGCUGCGUUUUCCACGCAGAAUUUCAACUCAUACUAAAGGUGGAAGGAAAGAGCAUUCUUCGUUGGAUAUCAAUAGAACGCGAAACGAGAAAUCUUGUACACCGCCAAGAAACUUGAAGCGUCUUAGAAAUUGAAAUUACUCGUAUUCUUCGUCUGUGAAAGAACUAGGAAGACAUUGAGGUAAAAAUUCGAGAUCACCCAUCUGCAACAACUAGAUGGUCGAAAGUAUCUCUCCGUAGAUUGAGAUAAGAUUCUUAGCUGCUUUCUCUCGGGUUCCAGGAGUUGAAGAUGAAUAGCAGUCGGACUGAUACUUGAGAAUAAGCGGGAAACGUUCUAAGAUGUAAUCGGGUAAACCGUUCAUCAAUCCAAAGCUAUCCAGCGAUGAAAACAGUUCUUGGCAAACAGCAAAGUAGUUGUGGUCGUUAUAAAGCCGGUUACACAUAUCUUGCUCACUGUAGCUCACGCAGUGGGGAUCGGAAGGUAAAUGUUCACAACCGGCAUUAUCACUCGCAUAGGGAACAUCAAAGUUGUUUGGUCGAUCUGACAAAGUUCAUAAAAAAUUUCAGAAUUCA